AUGGAGUUCGAAACAAGAAUAGCCAUAAGGGUGUUCCUUUUCCUCCUUCCCUUCUUCAUCAUCGUGGGACGAUUGAUCUAUAUCACUCCUUCCACCAAUAGUCCUCCCAUUGCUACGUCGGAGUUCCUCCAAACCCACGGCAGUCUCAUGAUCUUCCUUGGGUCUGGUGGUCAUACCGGAGAAAUGCUUAAGAUCUUAAGCAACGUCGACGUACUGAACGUUACCAGAACUUGGAUCGUAUCGUCCAACGAUACUACGUCGCUAUUGAAGUGUGAGGAAUUCGAACGGUCGGUGGAAUCCCCCCACAGCCCAAGGUUUCUCACCUUACACCGUGCUAGAUCAGUGGGAGAGCCUUUAAUACUGUCGGCGAAAAACACCGUGAUAUCGUUCUACGAUACCUUCCGUCAGAUUUAUAGCUUGCCCGAGCUACCAUCGGUGUUAUUGAUUAAUGGACCUGGUACCAGCGUACCCAUUGCUUAUAUUUUGUUUGUGUUCAAGUUCUUGGGCUUAGGUCGUACGUCCAUAGUUUACGUCGAGAGUCUCGCUAGAGUUAAUGAGCUCAGUUUAUCUGGGAAAUUAGUGUUACCGGUGGCCGAUAGGUUCAUCGUGCAGUGGAAGCCGUUAAGUUUGAAGUACAAACGGGCUGAGUAUCAUGGUAUAUUAGUUUAA